AUGGGACCAAAUUGGAUCCCUCGACGGGGGUCGGAAAUACCAGCGUAUUGGAAGCCCAACACCAUUUUCAUCAAGGAAUCGGGCCUGUACUCGUUGAUUUUUCGAUCCAAUAUGCCGGAUGCUAAGCAGUUUAAGAGAUGGGUCACAUCCGAAGUGCUGCCUUCCAUCCGCAAAACCAGAGCGUACGUCUCGCCCGACAUUACGAAAUCGCAACUGUCCGAGUUACUCAAUAAAAUCACCACACUGGUAGAAAGCAAUUGCAAACUAGUAAACCAGAUAAUCGAAGAUCGUCCGAAGCUAGCGGUGAUGCCCUUCAACGAAAAUCUCAACCACGAACUUCGAAUCUACAAAAAUGAAAACAGAUAUAGAUUCGUUCGUGCCCAAAAACGCAGCAUCCAGAUAGAUAGA